GCGGGGGGAGGGGUUCUCAGGGGAAGUUCCACAAACUGCGAGGGUUUAUUUGGGGACUUGACCUGCAUCAGGCAGUCUGCAGUCAGUUUAAUGCAGAGGGCAAGAGAAGGGAAGCCCGAGUCCUCCCCCCCAACCCCCCCCCGCAACUCCAAAACAAUUUGACCCAGCCCUUGGGCCUCGCUCCUCUCCCGCUGCCUGGAAACCUGCCGGUUUGGAACAUGUCGCUGAGCAUCGACAGCAGCCAGGAAGGUGCCCCCGGGUUCAAACUCCCCGAGGAGCCGAGCUCCCGCUGCGACUCCGGGCUGGACGGAGGGCUGGAGCAGCGGCAGCAGAAGCGGGAGCCCUGGGGGACGGGCCUGGGCCUGGGCCUGGGCCUGCAGUGCGGCUCGGGGGAGGACAGGUGCGAGUCGGCCUGCGACUCGGCCUACGGCUCGGGCCUGCUGGAGGGCUUCAGCUCCCGCUGCUCCCUGGGGACCUCCAGCCAGGCCCCGGUCCGCCCCGAGGCCACCUUCGACCCUUGGGCCUACCUGAGCGAAGAGGGAGACACAUUCCUCCAUCUCUGCAUCAUUCACGAGGUUGAGGCCUUGGCCCUGGCUUUCAUCGGCCACUGUACCCUGGAGUAUCUGAACUGGCAGAAUGACCUCCUUCAGACACCCCUGCAUUUGGCCAUGUAUACCCGACAGGCAAACAUAGUGCGCCAGCUGGUUCUUAAGGGGGCGGACACAGAGCUGCAGGAUCGCAAUGGAAACACCCCACUGCACCUGGCCUGCCAGUACAGCCUGGAGGAGUGCGUGCAGGCUCUUACGAAGCCUGUCACAGCUGAAGAGCGCGCCCUUUUGGGAUGUGAAGCUUUCAACGUGUUGGAACCUCCGAACCUUGAACGACACAACUGGCAAGGUUUGACCUGUUUGCACCUGGCAGUCCUCUAUCGGAAUGACGCGAUGGUGGAGCAUCUGCUGGCUUCAGGAGCGAGGGUCAAUACCCAGGAGAUGACAAGUGGGCGGACAGCCCUACACCUGGCGGUGGAGUUGGGCGAGCCGGGCCUGGUGUCCCGUCUGCUCCAGGGCGGCAGUGACGUGGACGCUCCCAUGUACAACGGCUGCACCCCUCUGCACCUUGCGGUGGGGCGGCUGGACGCUGGCAUCGCCGCCGCCCUCUGCCAGGCGGGUGCCAACCCACUGCUGCCCAACCUGGAGGAAGAGACGCCGCUGGACCUCGCCAGCAGCAGCUGGAAUGUUCUCGAUUUGUGUCCGUUCGAUGACGUGAGGUUAUGGGGACAGCCGGUGGUGUGACAGGGCAGGACCAGCGGACGUCAGUCUGUACAGAACGCAACUGAGAAAGCAAGGGGAUGAGGCCUUGCCUCGUGGCCUGUGGGAAGCCCACGCGGCCUGGGACCUUGCAGACAAGCGCGCGGCUUGAGGAAACCAGUCCCGCCCGCCUCCUUCCGCCCUGACUCCGCUUCCUGGACAGCGGGGACUACUGAGGACGUUGCUACAGAAACAGGAGGGUGCGAUGUACCCCCACCACCACACACCGCCCACCCCCCCCCCCCUCCCAAGGCCAGGCACAGGGAAGAGGCUGCGUGGGGCAUCGCAGGAGCAAGUAAUGAAACAUGAUUUUAACGGGUCAAACAAUACCUGAGAAGACUCGCUUCUAGGACAGGUGUUAAGUUGGGAGGUGGUUUGGGGGGUUGGGGGGGUGGUGGCGGUAAUCUGUACAUACUGAUGGCUUUUUAUUUUAGCACGUUAAAUUUAAAAUUGUCCUCAUCGCUGCAACCUCCUCCAGCUUUAAACGCUCCCCAACCCGACCCCCCCCCCCCGCCCCCGCAUGCUUCAGUCUCCCCGCUGGCUCUCACCUUGUGACCCUUGCCCCAAAAUUAGUGGCCUUCAGGAGCCUCCGUCCACCUCCCUCUGAGCUUCCCUCAUUGAAGCUGCCCACCUCUCACAACUUUAAAACAAAUAAACGCCCUCAAAAACCCAACCGCUUGGACCAGUUUUUCAGCUGGUCCUCCCAUUUGAGCCCCACAAUCCGGGCCGACGCUCCCGGUGCCAGUAACGAGGGGGUGCUACACUGCCCGAGGUGCCGUCCUUCAGGCAAGAGGUGAAACUGAGCUCUCAGGUGGGAGGUCAGUGGUCAGCCAGGCGCAAUUCGACGUGCCUGAUGGACUCCUUCUGUGCCGUUAUGACUCUUGGAAGAAGAGCAAGGCUGGGGAGUUCUCCCAUUGGCCAAUACUUACCCCACCCCAACCACCCUAGCCAAUAUUGCUAAAAAUAGGCCAUCUGAUCAUUACAUCAAUGUUGUUUGUAAAUUGGCUGUCAUGUUUCCUGCAUUAUAGCGGGGACUACACUUCACAAAUGUAACGCACUUUGGGAUGCCCUGAGGUGGUGAAUGGUGCUAUAUAAAUGCAAGUUCUUUCUUCCUACUCGAUCCCUUCUUGCUAACCCUAUUUUCCACCCAAUGUGUCAGGUGCUUUUGAUUUUUCUUACAUUAAAGGCACAGAAUAAACUCAA